GGUUCGGCGCCCCUCGCGUUAGCGCAGCACUGCCUUUCUCUGCAGGGCUUUGAACAGCUUGCGUUAGUCUGCGCACCUCUGCAGUAAAAGCCGUGGUCUGUACAGAGCGGUUGUAAAGUACGUGUGGCUGUUGAGUAAGUUAGCCUGUUAAUUCUUCGGGGGCUCAUGUGAAAAUACAACAUAAAAAAGCGUUGCAAAUAGCGGAAUAAAAUGUCACUUAAAAGCUCUAAGGAAAUGAGGAAAGUAAACAUUUCCAGCUCUUUCGAGUCUGAAGAUAUUAGCUUAGAAACCACAGUACCAACUGAUGAUAUUUCUUCCUCAGAGGAGAGAGAAGGUACUGUUAAAAUAACUAAGCAGCUGAUUGAACGGAAGGAGUUGCUUCAUAAUCUUCAGCUGGUUAAAAUAGAACUAUCUCAGAAAAACUUGAUGAUUGACAAUUUGAAAGUAGAAUAUCUGACCAAGAUUGAAGAGCUAGAAGAGAAACUUAAUGAUGCAGUCCAUCAAAAGAAGCUGUUGUCUUUACGACUGGAUAGUCAGCUGGCAUUACAGCAAGAAGAUGCCAGAAAACAUCAGGCUCUAAUGAAACAAGAAAUGGAAACUAUUUUGUUGAGACAGAAACAACUGGAGGAAACGAAUCGUCAGUUAAGGGAGAGGGCUGGAGAUAUCCGUCGUAGCUUGCGAGACUUGGAGUUGACAGAUGAUUGCUAUAAGCAGCUAAAGUUACUUCCUGAAGACCAGCUUUCUAUCCCUGAAUAUGUUUCUAUUCUGUUCUAUGAGGUAGUCCAUUCCUUACGAAAAGAGUUAAGUGAUCUACAGAUGAAAAAAGAGAGCCUAACGGAAGAACUAACUGGGUACAGGUCGCAACUGAAGUGUCUAACAGAGAGCUAUGAAGAUGAGAGGAGAACUCGGUCAGAGCUUGAGAUAAGAUGUCAGCGUUUAACACUGGAACUGGCUGAUACAAAGCAAAUGAUUCAGCAAGGUGAUUACAGGCAAGAGAACUAUGAUAAAGUAAAACGUGAACGUGAUACAUUUGAACAGGAAUUGUCAGAACUCAGAAGAAAAUAUGAAAUAUUAGAGGUGUCACACAAAGCACAAGCUAAAGAAAGAGGUGACUUAUCGAAAGAGCUGGCAACCAUACAACAAUCCCUCAACUUGUUGCAAAAAGAUAAAGAUUAUCUUAACCGCCAAAACAUGGAGCUUAGUAUUCGCUGUGCGCAUGAGGAAGAUCGCCUUGAAAGACUUCAGAUUCAGCUAGAGGAUGCCAAAAAAGCUAGGGAAGAAAUGUAUGAAAAAUAUGUUGCAUCCAGAGACCACUAUAAAACAGAAUAUGAAAAGAGACUGCAUGAAGAGUUGGAACAAAUAAGGUUGAAAACAAAUCAAGAAAUUGAGCAACUAAAAAGUGCUUCAAAAGAGAUGUAUGAACGUGAAAACAGAAAUUUGAGAGAAGCAAGAGAUAAUGCUGUUGCUGAAAAAGAAAGAGCAGUUAUUGCUGAAAAGGAUGCUUUAAGAAAACAUGAUCAACUCUUAGAACAGUAUAGACAAAUGCAGCUUGGCACAGAAAGCAAAGUAGCUGAACUUCUUCACCAAAGUAAGUUAAAAUCCUUUGAAACUGAACAUGUACAACUCAUGCAACAAGAAACAGCUAAGAAUCUUUCACAAUGCCAAAUGGAAUGUGAAAAAUACCAGAGAAAACUGGAGGUGCUUACUAAAGAAUAUUAUAGUCUUCAGUCUUCUAGUGAAACACGCAUUACUGAGCUUCAGACACAGAAUUCUGAGUUGCAAGCAAGGCUCGAUACUUACGAAAAACUUGAAAAAGAGCUUGAUGAGAUAAUAUUGCAGACAGCAGAAAUGGAAGAUGAAGUUGAAGCUGAAAGGGUUCUCUUCUCAUAUGGGUAUGGCGCUAAUGUUCCUACAACAGCCAAAAGACGACUAAAGCAAAGCGUGCACUUGGCAAGGAGGUUACUGCAGCUAGAAAAGCAAAACUCGUUGCUUGUAAAAGAUCUGGAACAUCAGAAGGAACAAGUAACACAGAUUUCACAAGAGCUUGACAGAGCAAAUUCUUUGUUGAAUCAAGUACAACAACCACACAAAUAUCUCAUUGAAACUGUGCAACAGAGAGAUUCUCAAAUAAGUCGACAGAAAGAACGUAUUACACAACUUGAAAAAGAUGUCAGGAUUUGACUUUUCAGUUGUGAAAAAAAAACAUCAAAGAGUUGGUCACUAGCAAAUUAAAUGUUUAGGUUAUGGUAACAUAAAAACAUCUUCCAUUGUCCAUAUAGUGGCCCAAAAGUCUUCUCAAAAGGUAGAAAAAAAAAAAAAGAAGUAUAUAGGUGAGGUCAUUUCUGUUUAAAAUAUAUAGGAACCUAAAUGCAUUGUUAGCACUGAUUCCCUUGAGUUUUUAUGGUUCAUUACAAAUAAUCUGUGUGCCCAGAUAGUCUUCCUAAACUUAGCCUACAAAUUAGGGCACCUAAAUUAGGAACUUGGUUAGAUCAGCUUUCCUUAGUAGUGCAUGGAGGAAGUGGCAUCUCUAAAAAGCAAUUCAGAUUUUGGAUGGAGUGAGUCAUUUGCUAGAGAUGCUUGUUACUCUCCAUUAACUAUAAAGGGAAUUUUUGGCAUCUUAACGUGCCUGAGGUUAAGGAAGAAAAUGGAUCUGCACCACAGUGACAGCAUUCGUGCUAAACAUACUAGCAGUACUCUACUGUGGUGAGCUUGCGUGUGCUCGCCACCACUCCAUGUUUCUGUAAAUGAAAGUGUGGUCUGGCAAAAAAAUAUUUUUAUCCUUAAUGGUUUUGUGGCAAAAAAGUAACAUUUACUUUGCACAUCAAAUGUUUUGGUAAGAAGUUUUUUCCUGUAGUUUCCAGUAUUUCUUGCAAACUAAAAAUAGCUAUUAUUUGCUUAUCACAAGUUUGCCUCAACUUUGCUGUAGUUUCACGAGCCAGUGAAAUUCUUGGAAACAGCCUGAUAUCUCAGAGCUUUUGGUACAGACAAGUAGUCCCUAAUUUUUCUAUUCAUAACUCCACAUUUAAAACAAAUGUCCUAAACUGUUAGUUUAUAUUCCCUGGAGUACAGAAGAAAUUGUAAUCUGGUAUAAAAUUGAUAAUGUUGGUCCUUUGCUUUCCCUUAAGUGAGAGGAAGGUUAGAGGAAGGGAUUUCUAAAUAGAGAACCAUUACAUUCCAGCACACUUUUGUCAUGAGGAAUCUGCUGAUGACAGUUUUAAAUUAAAAUAUCCCUUAGGUGAUUUCAGAUUACUUUGUGGACCAGUCUAGCUCCCAGCUAUUCCAGAACUGAGUCAGAAUGGGAUUUCAGUAAAUUAAUGAUAAUCCUUACCAAAUACAUGCCAAGUGAAGCUCUGCUGGAUCAAAAGAUUUAGCCCACUAUUCCUAUCCGUUUUAGUUUAUUAAACAGCACUUUGUUGGUUUGUGUGUGAAAUAUUUUUGAGAGGAUGAGGUCAGAGAAUUAAUGCUCUUCAAGGAAGGCCCUCAAUUCUGCAGAUAAUGUUGGUGCUAUAGAAAAGUAACAGUGAAAACACCAAACAUGGUUUAUGAAGUCGGGUUUAUCUCAGAACUAAGGGAAAAAGUUAAUAUUUGUAAAGCCAUUUUAAUGAGAAAUGUUUUUUCAAGCAUUACCUAUAAUUAAUAGUUAAUACCACAGUUUUAAUUUAUACUACAGCUACAGAAAGGACAUUAUUUUUUUUAAUUUUACAUACAAUACCUUAAUUUUAUUUCUAUAGAGCAAUUUCGCAAGUAGCAGCUAACAGAAAAAUAAUGUUCAACUUCCUGUUUUGAGGCACACCUUUAAAAUACUAGUAAAUUUUUAAUUUAUUAUUUUUUUUAGUUUUAUAUUUGAGUACCAGAUCGUAGAAAAAUUAAGGUAAUGUUGAUAUGCCUCCACCCUGACAAUCAGGACUGAAUACUUAGUUUUACCAUCAUGGCUGCCCAGUGUUUGAUCGUGCUUUUUCUUCCUCUGUACUUGGUGUGCAGAAUCUAUGGGAAUGUUCUUUUCGUGUUGUGUUUUUAUCUCAUCUGCUUAUCUGGAGAGGCGGUUCUGCAUUAUGCGAGUCAUGGAUUCCCUAACUGGAGCAGUCACAUCUGUGUUAUCAGUGCCAGUGUUCUUUAUCAUCUCCCACUUCAUUUGUGUGUGGAGGGAUCAGUGGGGACUAAUUUCCAAGUGGAUUUAAUUUUUUAGACUUCAUCCCCAGUGGGCUUCAGUGUGCAGGUCAAUGAUCUUUUUAGAAUGUACUCCUAGUGUGGUUAGAUUCCAGCAGAUUUCUCAGAAUGAUGAGUCAGCACUUUGUUGAAAUCUUGCAGAUGCUUUGCAGCAACCUGCAGUGCUUUGUAUUUCCUUGUCUAUUGAGAAAGCUCUUGGUUGCUGCUGGAUGUGGUUUUUAUUUUGUCAUGAAAUACAGUCUUGAUGAAAUCGGCACAAGAGGAAGGCAACUAUAAGGAUGGCUAUCCGUGACAGCAAUCUCCUUGUGAAUCUUCUUCUGUCAUAUUUUUACUGAUUUUUCACAAAAUGGCCUAAAGCAACUUAUAAUGUGGUCCCUUCAGGGGCAACAGAUGUAUUCAGUGUUCCCCACACUGCAUCAUUCUAUGAAAGUGGCAGCAGUUAUUUCCAUAGAAGGAGUGGGACAGAUUUAGGCAGAUAAUUCUGAUAUAAUACUUUUGAGAAGUCCUGUAGAUCCGUAGAAUCAUAAAAU